AUGGCAGCUCGAAUUGUCUUGCAGCAGAUCUUGCAAAAUGAACAAAGGAGAUCCCGGACCAACGCGAGGAAUCAAAGGAUCUCUGCAACUGGGCCCUUUUCCAUCGAUACAGGUCAAGAAGAAGACGGAUUCUUGCAAAUUCUCAAAAAUUCCAUCGAGGCUAGAGUUCCAAGUGUGCAUGGAGCUCCAGCCGGUACUGGUGGUACAGGCAACACUGGUGAGGAGGAUUCCAGCAGCCAAGACUGCAGAGUCAAAACUCGUGAUGGUGGUCCUUAUGAAAGUGGAGCAGUUGAAGCAGCAUCUUUCGAGAGCCUGUCCGACCAGGAGAGCACCCCGAAACAGAGAUGUUUGAUUCUCUCACCACGUGAUCCUUGGAAGGUGUGCUGGGAUGUCUUCAUUGGAGUGCUGAUCAUCUAUACGAUCAUCACCCUGACCUGGCGCAUUGGUUUUGACCAGGAAGCUCGUGAAGCAGCUCUGGCAUUUGAAUACUCCAUUGACAUCCUUUUUGCCGUGGAUACCAUUCUUUGUUUCCGAACAGGUUUCUACAUGGAGGACACUUUCAUCACUGAUUGGUGGGAGAUUGCGAAGAGGUACUGCAUGACUUACUUUCUUUUCGAUCUCCUGUCGUGGUUUCCGAUUGAUUUGCUGGUUCAGGUCCUCACUGGUCAAAACAGCUCUGGGAUGAGGUCUGUGAAACUCAUGAAGUUCGUUCGCUUGGUCCGCCUUGCCAAGUUGAUGCGGCUCUUCAAACUCAAUAGGUUUCUCGUUCUCCUAGAGGAAAAGCUCCAUUUGAAGCCCGCCAUGAUUCGUAUGGUCAGACUCAUCAUCAACAUUGUCUUUCUUGCGCACUUGCUUGCUUGCAUGUGGCAUUUCAUAGCUUUGCCGGCAUGCGGUGAGGAGACUGAGGAUAUCCCGGCAGUUGGACCUUGCCCAGAUGCAGACCAGCCAAAGUAUCUUCCAAACUGGAUCAGUUGCCUGGCUUUUGUCUCACACAUGGCGUUGCUUGACGGCGUGGGGGAAGGCGCUGCUGAGCUUCGAGCGUCAUUGGAGGCCUUGCUCCAAGAACUUGGCGCCAAACGCGAAGAAGCACGUGCUAGGCAGCACAAAGAGGAAGCUUCAGCAGAAGAGGCUGCUAGACAAGCAGAAGAGGCUGACAGGAUUUCUAUCCAGGAUCCUAGCUUCUCUUUCACGGCCGAUCUGGUUGUGAAAGAAGACACUGGCUUCGAAUUGUGGAUUGGAUCUCUUGAGGAUGCCCUCAAUCUUUGCGCGCUACGUGAUAGGGGCAUUGAUGCGGUCCUAAAUUGUGCCAGGGAUGAUUGUGAAGCUGAGAUUGCCUGCUUUAAACCUCAGAGGUGUCAGAGGCGAGCGAGGGCUCAUACUCGGAAUGCCUCAAUGGGGAUGGAAGCGUCUCUAGGUGCUGGCUGGUUGGGCCUCAGACGUGACCAGAUUUGGAGUCUUGCCAGUUUUGACGCUGAUUGGUACUCUGACGUACUGGAGCUGGAAGCCUUCAAAUAUGGCGCGCUUCCAGCACGUGAUGAAGCCGGGUAUGAUAUGCAAGAUCACCGCCAGGAGGCCAUGGGCGAUUUCAAUCUCACACGGCGACUUCUGGCUCUCUUGGCAAUGCAGGUCUUUUCUCUCACUCGACCUGCACGUAGUCGAGCAGCCUCACCUUCACAGCGCCGUUGCCCAUGCAAGGAUUGCGAGGAAAAGAGGUUAACCUGUGAGCAAUCCAUAUCAGAGGUAUCGUCGAGGAACUUGCGAUUUGUUUUCUUCACAGAGCCCACUUUGUCCUGCGAUGCACUUCGUACUUCUGCCGAUUUGAUUUCCACAGCCAAGGGCAGGUUUCGAGCAAGCGCUUUGGUCGAAGAACUUUUUGCUGCACGAACGGGAUCACGCCCAACUGCUGGCUGCAGAUGGGAGACUGGAGAGUGGUUUGCUGCUGUUCUAGAGGAAAUGACUGGCCGACCUGUCUCCUUUUACCAUGGCGCCCCAAAGAAGGGAUCUGAGGAAUCUGAGGUGGUUCAAUAUCUGGAGGCAACACUUAAGGAUCCGAUCCAAGGUGCCACAUCUUGGGGUUUCAGUUUACUACUUCAUCGACUGAAGCUGAAAGGCGCAACCACAUGUCGCUUGGUCGAUGAGUCUGAAACUAUGACGAAUCCAGUUGUGAUUGACGGACACAAGUACACCACCCGCGGAUCUUUGAUUUAUGGCCGCACUAUGGAUCAAAAGCGGCCUUACACGUAUAGUGUGAGGGAGAGCAGGCUGCGAAAACUGCCCUUGUGGCCCGGAACGGAGUACACCUAUGACUUGAGCUCUGAAGCUCGUGGCAAGCUGUAUCCAAGCCAAGACCCCCUGUGA